UUGCGUAGCUGCGUUUCAUGAAUGCGGAAUGCUGAUCCGUAUUGCGCAAUCUCCGUAAGCGGUGCAGUCUGGGGUUCUGCUGCACACAACACAGGGCUGGCGCAACUGGCUAGCUAGCUGACCACUUGAAAUGGACGUGUUCUUAAUGAUCCGGCGUCACAAGACCACAAUCUUCACAGACGCCAAGGAGUCCACCACGGUCUAUGAGCUGAAGCGCAUUGUUGAAGGAAUUCUGAAGAGAACACCUGAAGACCAGAGGCUCUACAAAUUUGAUUCACAGGAUGACCAGUUGCUAGAGGACAGCAAAACUCUUGGUGAUUGUGGAUUCACCAACCAGACUGCCAGACCUCAGGCCCCAGCUACAGUCGGUCUGGCUUUCCGUGUAAAUGACGAGAUGUUCGAACAGCUGCACAUCGAGGCCUUCUCCAGCCCCCCAGAACUCCCUGAUGUGAUGAAGCCUCAGGACUCGGGUAGCACCGCCAACGAGCAGGCUGUGCAGUGAUGAGGGGUGGAGAAGAAACGAGUAAUGGAAUGGGGGAUGGACGUGGGUGUGUGUGUGGAUUCACUGCGGUGGAGAAGUAGCGGGGUAGGAGGGUGUGUAAUAUAAUUUAAGUUGACGGAUGGGGACGUUAUCGGUAACCAAACCUUCAUGCUAUGAUCCCAGCAUCACAACCCCUCCCCCGACUAGCUUCACAAAUCAUUUUUAACUCCUUUUGAUUUCCACAUCACAUCCGGUUCUGCUCCUUGACUUUGCUCUUAAGCACCAACCUGCUCAAAGAUUUGGAGUGAUGAAGUUGGUUUCGGAAAGAAUGGUUGUCCGUGUGUGUGCGUGUGUGAGUUAUUAUAAUUAUUAUCGUUAAUAUUUUGGAAAAAGGUGAAGGCGUAGCUGUGUCACAGUGCUCUAGAAGUAACACAUGUAGGUUAAGGAGUCCAGUGUCUUGAUGGGCAAACUGCAUGAACAAGUUCAAAACUAAAGGCUUUAUUUUCACACCAACAGAUAAAUAUUCAGCUUUUAAGUUUCCUUGGUCUGAUUCUCCCAGUUUUGUUGUACAUUUCUGAUUUGAUUUCAUACCAAGAAAGGAAGUCUUUAUAAUUAUUAUGUGUACUAUUGUGUUGUCAUUUAGUUUGUCUAAGUUCUCAGUUCUUUGUUGUAUGUUUCAUGCACUGAGACCAAAGGCAGGCACCUCUUUGACAACAGAGGGACUUUUUUUUUGGUCAGAGAACAUUUUGUAUGUGACUUACAGUAAACACAGGAGGAGAGUUUUCUCAUGUUACAACUUCCUUUGAAAAAUUUACCACAUGUCACCAACAUAAAUGUGGCACCUUCCCCUAAUCACGCAAACAUAGCCUGUAACUGUGAGCUUGCUUAUUAAAAAGUUUUUCCUGUUUUGUUUUUUA